AUGUCUUCGAUAUCAAAACGUGGCCAUGAACGAUCAGCAAGUGCUGAAUUUAAUCGUGUUGAUCGAACAGUUAAAAUUCACAAUGCAACUGAAAAACUUCGUUCUGAAUUACUUAAUUAUGUAACUAGUCGUUUUGAAGAAUUUUCAUCAGAAAUCAAACAAACAGCUAAUAUGCCAUCAAUUAAUGAGAUGAUUGAACGACCUGGUAUUACUACUAAUGGUUUAACAUCAAUAAAUAAGAUAGGAGAUUCAUCAUCAGCACAAACAAUUGCAUCAAAACAAAGUGUGGAUAUAAAAAGAUCAUCAUCAGCAUUUCCAACAAAAGUUUUUCGUAUGCGUUCAUCUAUAUUAACAGAAUUACUUGAAGUUUCACAUAUACGAUCAAUUCGACAAAUAUUUAUAUCAAUACUUGUUCUUCUUGUUUUACAAGUUGCAAUAACCGAUAUAUUUGAGAAGGGCACUGUUGAUUUUUUUGUAUUUGAUAUUAUUCGAUGGAAUUUUUCAAAUUUAUCAGAAUGUUUACGUCUUUGGUUCUAUCUUUUUAUGUCAACUUGUGCAAUUAUUUAUUAUUGUUUUCAUUUUUGGUCAUAUAAACGUCUUUCGUUACUUUCAAAUAAUUUACUAUCAUCAACAGAAACAGAAAAAUCACCGACCAGUAAUUCAACAACAUUAGUAAUAUUCGAUUGGGUAUGGUUUGUUGCAUAUUGUUGUUAUAUUGGGUUAUUUUUAUAUAUUCCCGCACAUUAUAUUAUUGCAGAAAAUUAUCCGAUUGUAACAAGAAUUAUUAUUCUUGCAGAACAGGUUCGAUUUUUAAUGAAAUCCCAUGCAUUCGUACGAGAAAAUGCACCACGUGCUAUACUUUAUGGUCAGAUUUAUUCACAAGAAAUCAAUGCAGAUGAUUUAAAUAAAGAUAAAUCAAAUGAUUCAUCAAAUGAACAAAGUACAUUUUCGGUACCACAUACACCAUGUCCAGAAUUUUCUAAAUUUCUAUAUUUUCUAUUUGCACCCACACUAAUUUACCGUGAUUCAUAUCCACGAACAUCAUCUAUACGAUGGACAUAUGUUAUUUCACAAUUAGUACAAUUUGCUACAACAUCAUUAUUUGGUUAUUAUUUAUUUUAUCGUUUUUGUUUACCAGUAUUUCGUCAUUUUAAUUCGGAACAUGUUACAUUAAAAAUAUUUGUACUCUCAAUACUUAAUUGCACUUUACCAGGUGCUCUAUUCUUAUUUUGUGCAUUCUAUGGUUUUCUUCAUUGUUGGCUCAAUGCAUUUGCUGAAAUGCUUCGUUUUGCUGAUCGACAAUUCUAUAGUGACUGGUGGACUGCAACAUCAUGGAGUAGUUAUUAUCGAACAUGGAAUAUUGUUGUUCAUGAUUGGCUUUAUACAUAUGUUUAUCGUGAUUGUCAUAAGCUAUUUGGUAUUAAAUAUCGUUUGGUUUCAAUGUAUGCCGUUAUUUUUCUUAGUGCAUGCGUUCAUGAAUACAUCAUUGCAUUAGCAUUUGGGUAUUUCUAUCCUAUACUCUUUAUUCAAUUCGCUGUACUUGGAUUUAUUUCAAUGCUUAUAUUACCACAACGUACACAAAAUAAUGCAUUCAAUGUAUUUAUAUGGGCAUCAUUAUUUGUUGGACUUGGCAUGCAAAUGUGUUUGUAUUCAAUUGAAUGGUAUGCUCGAUUAAAUUGUCCUCGAUUUGUGAAUGGUCCAUUAGAUUAUUUCAUCCCUCGAUCAAUAUUUUGUCGUGCUGAUAGUAGUAUAAAUCCUUCUCUAUCAAAUAAUAUUCCAAAUCUUAUACUUCAUCGACAACAUGACUUAUAA